AUGCUCAUUCCGCUCACUGCCCUCGUGGCAGCCUCCGGCCUGGCCCUCGCGCAAUUCGUCUCGCAGGACGCCCGAGUCCGCAAUCUCACCGUCGUGCCCUCACCCGGAGAUGCCGGUGUCACCGUCUCCUUCAAGGAGCCCAAAGGCGCCUGCAGGACAGCCUUUGACAGCCAGAGGCAGUUUACCGGAUGGGUCAACAUUCCCGGCCAAUUCCCCACCAACCUGUUCUUCUGGUUCGUCGAGGCCCGUGAGCCCACCGAGAGCCUGGCGAUUUGGCUCAACGGCGGCCCUGGCGCCAGCUCAUUGCUCGGCCUCUUCUCCGAGAACGGGCCCUGUGAGGUCGUGGAAAGGGGCCUCGAAGACUACGACACGGUUGCCAGAGAGUGGGGCUGGGAUCGUGCGUCCAACAUGCUCUUCAUCGAUCAGCCUAACCAGGUUGGCUUCUCCUAUGACACGCCAACCAACGGCACCUUUUCCGCUUUCAAUGGCUCCGCGUCUACGCCCCCGAGCCGCCCCGACGACUCGCUGCCCCCUUGGGCCUCCGCCAACGGCACCUUCAGCACCAACGACCCUAGGGGCACGGCCAACACGACGAGGGCUGCGGCCAUGGCUGCCUGGCACGCGAUCCAGGGUUUCCUCACCACCUUCCCCCAAUAUCAGCCAAGUGCCAAUGCCUCCGUCGCCCUCAGCCUCGUUGCCCAGAGCUACGGCGGCGUGUACGGCCCAGUCUUUGCGGAGACGUGGGAAGCGCAGAACCAGAAGCGGUUGACCGGCGUCUUGAACCGAAACACGACGUUAGAGCUUCGUCUCACAUCGCUGGGCAUUUUCAACGGGUGCGUCGAUAGCGCGCUUCAAGUGCCCACCUUGCCGGUCUUUGCAAAUAACAACACUUACGACAUCAAGGCCUUGUCAGACACAGAGGCCGGCCUGUAUCGGGACAAGUUCUUCGCCCGCUCCGGUUGCAGAGAUCUCCUGGCCCAAUGCCAGGCUGCCGCCGCCGGGCAACCUUGGGAGGGCAAUGGCAACAACCAGACAGACGCCGAUGCUGUCUGUCGUCAAGCCACGCUGGCCUGCCUCGACAUUUCACAGCCAUAUUUGAACUCAGGUAAAAGCGCCUACGACAUCGCGGCCCUCUCCGCCAACCCCGAGCCCCCGCCGUUCUUCGCCGACUACCUCAACCAGGCUGGCGUGCAAGCAGCCAUUGGCUCGCCCGUCAACUUCACCAUGACGAGCAACGUCGUCUCCGCCAACUUCUCAUGGACAGGUGACUUUUCCAAGGGCGGCAAUGUCCACCGACUGGCAGCUCUGCUCCAAAGGGGCGUCCGUCUAGGCCUCGUCUACGGCGACAGGGACUACGUGUGUAACUGGUUCGGAGGCGAGGCCGUCUCGCUAGCGGUUGCUCAGCAGGCGGGCGGAGAGUACGCCGCCAAGUUUCCGACCGCCGGCUAUGCGCCGAUUGUCGUCAACGACUCGUACAUUGGCGGCGAGGUCCGCCAGUACGGAAACCUGUCCUUUAGCCGCAUAUAUCAGGCCGGCCACGCCGUCGCCUGGUACCAGCCCGAGACGGCGUUCCAGGUCUUUGCCCGCAUCCUCCUGGGUCGCUCCGUGUCCAUGGGUAACAUGGUCGACCUGGCCAAGUACAACACGUCCGGGCCACUCAACUCUACGCGCUCAGCCAAGGCGCCCGACCCACCCAAGCCGACGUGCUUUAUCCGCGCCAUGAACAUGACGUGCGACGCCGAUGCGUUGGAGCUCGCACGCCACGGCGGCGGCGUCGUCAUCAACGGGGUGCUGUACAGCAAGGCAGACGACUGGGUGCUAGCCACGGUCGGGCCGACGGCGACGUCGACGUCGACUUCUUCCCCCUCAGCGGAUGCCAUGACGGGCCUGUACACGGCCACCGCGACGCCCAGCAGCGCUGCGUGCUUUGCGAGGCCUUGCUUACCGGUGUGGGAACUCGGGGUUGCUUUGCUCGCGCUGUGCAGCUUGGUGAGUUUGAUGUAG